AUCACUACGAGGAGGAUCGUGUGCCAGACGCAUGCAAUUUCAAUUUUUAAGGUUAUGAUACUGUAUACAUUAGAUCAUUAGAUGUAGUAAAUGUUUUUCUUGAAAACCAAAAAGUCUUCUAUUGUUUUCUUACAAAAACUAUUGCAAAAACAUUGCACAAUAUUUUCAAAAACGCCUGGAACAAAAUUUUCUAAUAUGAGUAUUUUUGCUCAAAGAUUAAAUCCAUUGACUGGUAAAUGUGAGUGGGAACAAGAACCAGAGAAUUAUGACUAUCAUCAAGAAGUUGCUAGAUCAGCUUUUGCUGAUAUGCUUCAUGACACUGAGAGAAACCAGAAAUAUGAAUUGGCUCUAAAACGUGCAAUAGAUAAAAUGCAUUCAUCAGGAAAAAAGGCCAAUGUCUUAGAUAUAGGUACAGGCACAGGUCUGUUGUCAAUGAUGGCUGUUCGAUGUGGUGCAGAUUCAGUGACUGCUUGUGAGUCUUUCAAACCAAUGGCAAAUUGUGCCGCCAAUAUUAUUAAAAACAAUGGUUUUUCCCAAAAUAUUAAGAUAAUUCCUAAACGAUCAACAGAAAUAAUAGUGGGUGAUAGUUACGAUAUGAAACAGAGGGCUAAUAUUCUUGUCACAGAAGUUUUUGAUACUGAGUUAAUAGGUGAAGGAGCUAUUGGAACUUUUAUUCAUGCACAUAAGUACUUAUUAGAAAAGGAUUCUAUCGUAAUACCAUGUUCAGGAACAAUUUAUGCUCAAGUUGUGCAAUGCCCUGUAGCUCAUUCAUGGCAUAAAUUGAAGGAUUUAGCAGAUGCCGAUGGGGAAAUUAUUAUUAGAACUCCACAUAAUGUUCAAAAUUGUGCCGGGUCAGCAGCUGUUCAUGACAUACAGUUAUCUCAAAUUCCAUUUAGCCAAGUGACUUUAUUAUCUGAUCCGGUGCCUGUAGUAACAUUUGAUUGGUCAGGAAAAACUGAACUGAAAAUGAAUAAUUCUCUAGCAAUUAAAACCCAAAGUAAAGCAAAUGGUAUUGCACAACUUGUUUUCAUGUGGUGGACAUUAUCAAUGGAUGAAGGAAAAGAAAUACUUCUUAGCUGCGCACCCUUUUGGGCUCAUCCUGAUGUCAAAAAUGGCAAAUAUCCUCAAGAAACUAUUCCAUGGAGAGAUCAUUGGAUGCAAGCUCUCUAUUAUAUUCCUAAUGAAGUAGCACUUAAUAAUAAUGAAUAUUUUAAUUUAUUAUUUUCUCAUGAUGAAUAUUCAAUGUGGUUCAAUGUAUUACCAUUAUCAAAACCACUAACCAGUUUGGAUUUUAAAGCACCGAUAUGCGAGUGUAUGAUGCAUUGUGCUUAUUCAAGAACUCGAAUUGGUCAAAUUAAUGAUGGACGAAGAAAUAAACUGUACUCAAAAGUUUUAAGAGAACAUGUAAAUCAAGACACAGUAUGCCUAGUACUAAGCGAUGGUUCACUAUUGGGAUUAGGUGCAGCAAAAAUGGGUGCCAAACAUGUCUAUGUAUUGGAGAGUAAUUAUUUAUCAUCCAAAGCAAUUCAAAACUAUAUAUCGCACAAUGAAUUUAAUAAUGUAACAAUAUUAGAUCAUGCAGAUAAAAUUCAAAAUUGCAUACACAACAUAAAUUUAAUAUUUGCUGAACCAUUUAUAUCCUCAUUGCUUCCUUGGGAUAAUGCUUAUUUUGCAUAUAUUAAAGAAAAUAUAAAAAGUGAGAACAUUAGGGUCAUUCCAGAAAAGGGUGUUGUCUGGAUGGUUCCUGUAGAGUUCAGAGAUUUGCAUAAGAUCAGAGCACCACUAUUUAAAUGUGAAGGUUUUGAUAUGGAACCUUUUGAUAAACUUAUCGAGAGUUCAAGUAAUCUUACUGAUUGCAUUGUAGAACCUCAACCAUUAUGGGAGUAUCCAAGCAAGUGCUUAGGUAAACCUGAGAAGAUAUUAGAAUUAUGUCUUACAGAAAAGGAAAUUAAAGCACUUUGUUAUAAUGGCAAAAAAAAUUUUGGAAUAAAUGGUGUAUGUAACGGUAUUGCUUUGUGGGUUGAUUGGCACUUGGAUGGAACAACGAAGAAUAUAUGGAGCACAGGCCCUCAAAAUGCAAUCGAAGUAGGAGAUAGAAUAAAAUGGGAUAUGUUUACAAGACAAGGUGUACAUUUAAUACCAAGUCCAAAACAGGUUCACCAGUGUGAUUUUCUACAAUACAGUGUUUCAUGCAAUAUAAAGAAAGGAGAAUUACACUUUGGUUUUGAUGUAAUAAGUUAA